GCUCGGCGAGUCGGAAGCGACGAGGUCGACAGCACGUUCAUCCCCGACCCCAGCUCUUCCAUACGUACGUACACCCCGUAUGUCUUCCUCUUUGCAGGUCACCGUCUGCUCAUGCUCCUGUGCAGCUCCCGAAGAAGAGACCGUGAUACGGCAUCUCACCUUCUGGCGCGACGGCUUCAGUGUCAAGGACGGGGACUUCAUGCGCUACGACGACCCCAAAUCCUCAACGAGAUCGACUCUGGGUGCGUAUACUCGACAUCCACCCGGAACCGUAUCGUAUGACACUGACUCGUGUUCACGCAGCCGCGCGCCGCCGCACAUCCUCAACGUCUCCCCCGGACAGCCGGUCGAGCUCCGCAUCGUGAAGCAGCUCAGCGACGAGUUCGUGGCGCCGCCCAAGGCGCGCAACGUGUUCUCCGGCGAAGGACACCGCCUCGGCUCGCCCGUCCCGUGCAUCGCGGGCCUCGGCGCGGCCGCGUCUGUCGACAUGUUGGGGAGCUUCCCCGUGACCGCAACUGGGAGUGUAGGACUCCCAAGAGAGCCGAGCGCACGCCGGGCGAGUGUGCGGUCGGCGGAGAGCAUCAACACGCGCUUCGAGGUCAACCAGAGCCUGCCGACGACGAGCGUGCAGGUGCGCCUCGCGGACGGGACGAGGAUGGUGUGCCGGAUGAACCUGACGCACACCGUGGGCGACAUCCGCAACUUAAUCAACGCGUGGGUGGCUCCGUCUGCCCGGGGAUGUGGGCACCGUCUGAUCGAUGUGUGUGUAGGUUGCGCCCGGAUGGUCCCGCUGGCACUUGCCGCCCGCCUUGGACGGUAGCCUCAAGGCUACCGUGUGUGACGUGCGCUGUCCAAUGCCAUCGUAUCAGAUCAGUAUCUACACAUGUAUAAGUAGACAGGUAAAUCAAUACGAACCUUAAAAGCGAUCCUUACAGCGA